AUGGGAUCUGCUUGGUGAGGCUCAGAGACGCUUGUACUGUGACGUCAUGCUGGUGAAGUUGGCACUUAUUACCUCCCUGGCUGGGCACUAUGACCUUUGAUGAUGUGGCCAUAUACUUCUCCUGGGAGGAGUGGGACCUGCUUGAUGAGGCUCAGAGGCGCCUGUACUGUGACGUCAUGCUGGAGAACUUGGCUAUCGUAACAUCUCUGGGUUGUUGCCAGAAAGUGGAGAGUGAGGAGGUUCAUUUUGAUCAAAGUGUUGCUGCUCAAGGAGUCCCACCCAUCAGGACUCUUAAAGUACCUCUGUCUCCCAGGAAGACCCAUCCCUGUGAAAUGUGUGGCCUGAUACUGAGAGACAUUUUGCACUUGGAGGAGCCCCAUGGUGCAUAUCACAAGCAGCAGCUACACAGCUGUGGGACGUGUGGGGAACAGUUGUUUUUGUGCUCAAAUCUUCACCAGCAUUGGAGGCAAUGUGGUGCUGAGAGACCUGUUAGGAGCGAUGUGGACGGGACUGUGUUCAUGAGGAACUGCAGGUGUCGUUUAUCAGAAAAGCCAUUUUACUGCAGACUGGUUGCACAGGCCUUCUUGGCCAAUUCUGAAUUUCUCCAGGAACGGACUGCUAAUAUAAAGGGAAAGUCAAAUGGUAGAAAUGAGUGUAGGGUGUCCUUUCAGAAGGAAAAGCCUUUUCACAAAUGGGAAGAGUACACAAAAGCCUUCAGCUGCAAAAAAGCAUUUGGUUAUUUUCAGAGAUUCCUGAGAGAAAGUUGUUUUAUGUGCAAUGAAUGUGGAAGCUCCUUUAGCAAAAGUGCUAGCCUCAGCCAGCAUCAGAGGGUCCGUACGAAAGAAAGACCUUUCUCAUCAGAGCAAUGCGAACUCUUACUUACAAAGACCCCCCUUAUUGGGCCCCAGAGAGAUCACACUAGAGACAGACCCUAUGAGUGUGAGGAAUGUGGGAAAUCAUUUACGCGAAGCUCCAACCUGAUAACUCAUCAGAGGGUGCACACUGGUGAACGGCCUUAUGAUUGUGUGGAGUGUGGGAAGUCUUUUAGUCGGAAGUCCAACCUCAUUGUCCAUCAUAGAGUUCACACCAAAGAAAGACCAUAUGAAUGCAAUGAAUGUGGAAAAGCAUUUUGCCAGAGCUCAACUCUCCUUCAGCAUCGCAGAAUCCACACUGGAGAGAGGCCUUAUGAGUGCAGAGAAUGUGGCAAGUCCUUUACACGAUUCUCUGCACUCCGUCAGCAUCAGAGAAUUCACACUGGAUCCCGACCUUACAAGUGUACUGACUGUGAGAAAUCAUUUGCUGAAAAUUCCAGACUCAUUAAGCACAGGCGAAUUCACACUGGAGAAAGACCUUAUGAGUGCAGUGAAUGUAGCAGAAGUUUCUGUCAGAGAUCUUCUCUCCUUCGCCAUCAGACGGUUCACACUGGAGAAAGACCUUUUAAGUGUGAGAUAUGUGGGAAAGCUUUUGGGCAGAAACCCAAUCUCAUUCAGCAUUGGAGUGUUCACAGUACAGAAAGACCUUUUAAGUGUGAGGAGUGUGGGAAAUCCUUCAGACGGAAAUCCGAACUUAUUGAACACAGGAAAGUGCACACUGGAGAGAAACCAUAUUCAUGCAGAGAAUGUGGAAAGUCAUUUAGCCAGAAGUCCAAUCUCAAUAUACACCAGAUAGUUCACACUAGGGAAAGACCAUAUGAAUGCAAUGAAUGUGGUAAGUCAUUCAGCCAGAACUCUACACUUGUCAAACAUCGGAGAAUUCAUACUGGGGAAAGGCCGUACGAAUGCAGUGAAUGUGGGAAGACUUUUAACCAAAGCUCUGCUCUCCGUCAGCACCAGAGACUUCACACUGGAUCCAGACCUUACAGAUGUACUGAGUGUGGGAAAUCGUUUGCCGAAAACUCCAGACUUAUCAAACAUAGGCGUGUCCACACAGGAGAAAAGCCUUAUGAGUGCAAUGAAUGUGGGAAGUCCUUUGCUGAUAACUCUAACUUCAUUCUACAUCGGCGUGUCCAUACUGGAGAGAGGCCUUAUGAAUGCAAGGAAUGUGGGAAAGCAUUUAGCCAAAGUUCAGCCCUACUUCAGCAUCAGAGAGUUCACAGUGGAGAAAGGCCUUACAAGUGUAGUAAGUGUGGGAAAUCCUUUGCUAAGAACUCCAGUCUCAUUAAACACAGGAGUGUCCACACAGUAGAAAGCGCCUAUGGUGUCUCAAAUGUGGAAAAACUUCUACCUACAACUCCGGCCUCCUAAAACUUCAUAGUGUUCACAGAGAAAUCAUUGUGAUAAAUAUGGAAAAUCAUUUAGUCAAAAAUCUUUCCUCACUACACACUUGAUAAUUCGUCAUCAGGGAAGGCCUUAGAAUUUCAGUGAAUUUGAGAAAGGCUUCACUCUUACCCUAAAGUUGACCUCAGAAAAACUGCAGUGAAUGGUUACUGUGUGUUCAGUACAACAGUACUUGUGUUGGUGUCAUCCUUCAGUAUUGAACUUCAUGCCUCUAAUUAACCUUAAAUCCCAUGUGUUUGAGAUUGCUCUAUUGUACUGCCUUGUAUCAGGGCCCUUACCAGGUUGAUAAAAUUGCUCUGUAGCAAAAGCCAUUUCACCUCUGCCACUUGGGAAGUGUCUAUGAUGACCAGAGUGUUGAGGGAAACAUACCACAAUGUGCUGUCAUUUGUAGGAAGAACCCUGAGUAUUCAUUCCUUUUUCUUUUUUAAAAAUUAGGUGUCUAGACUUAUUUAUGGCCCAAAGAACUAUGCUUAUCUUAUACAAAGAAAAUAUGGACUAGCAUUUUUAGAGCUCCUGUUCAUCUCCCAGAGGUUUCCUUAGAGAACUUUCUACUGUUAAGCUCUCUGGCCUUGGCACUUGCCUAUAGUUUUUGAGACUCUAAAAUCCUUUUUUUGUUUUUUUGUGGCUACACCCAGCGGAGCUCAGGGUUUAUUCCAGGCUCAGCGCUCAGGGAACACUCCUGGCAGACUUGAGGGGUCAUAUGGGGUGCCGGGGAUCAAGUACAGGUUAGCCAUGUGCAAGGCGAGUAUAGUUGUACAGUUGUACUGCUGCACGGUUGCUCUGGCUCCUGGAAUCCUUAUCUAGUAAGUCACCUUUAACCUUGGGUUCUUUUCGCUCUGUGAACUGCUGGGUUCUGCUUACAUGAAGAAAAGUGGAAGGAAAGUUUCCUUCUGAGGAAUGCAGCAGGAGGAAGUGACCAGUGUGGCCUGUCAGUAUUUUGUUGAACCAGAUGAGAAAGGGUUAUUGCUUGUGGAUAUUUGCUGUUAUCGAGGAAAGAUGGUAGGGUCAGGUAUGUAGAGCUGCUUUCCAUAGAAUAGGAAAUAAGAAUUAUUUUGAACCACUUAGAUUUACUUUUUUGUUUGGGGGCCACCCCCAUGGUGUUGGGGGACCGACUGCAGUACUGGGAACAGCACCUGGCUUCCCCCCAUACAGAGCAGGUGCUGAGCCUGUUGCGCCGUCUUGCCAGUCCUGAACCACAUUUUUAAAGCUUUAAUAUGAAGUGACAUGCAGUCAGCUAAUUGUACUUGAACAGUUCCACUCAGUAAGUUUUGACAUUCGUAUAAUCUCUAAAACCAUCAUUGUCACGUAAUGAAGAUACGCUAUGGUUUCUCUUGCUGUUGGAGGAAUACCUCCUCUGUACUCUCUGCCUUCCAGGUAAGCAUUGAUUUGCUUUUCUGAUAUAUUAAAGAGUUUACUCUUUUGUCCAGAGUUGCCUCAUUCAUUUUGAGAUCCAGUAAUGGUAGUUGUAUGAGUAGCUUAUUCUUUUUUAUAUAGCUGAGAUGUUUUGUGGUGUAACACUAUUGUUUAUUCAUUUCUCUGUUUAUGCAUCAUUGUGAGUUAUAAUUAAAACUACAGAUACUUGAAAUGUGUAUUUCCCUUUUAUCUUGUUUCCUUGGCGCACGAUGCCCGAAUCACAGGGUGUGUGACUAUAUCAUGGGGUGGGGGGUGCUGGGCCACACGUGGCUGUGCUCAGGGCUUUUUCUUGGUUCUGCUCAGGGAUCACUUCUUAGUUCUAAGGGUACCACAUGUGAUUCUGGGGAUCCAGCUGUAGUUGGCCAUGUGCACAGCAAUUGCCUUACUUUCUGUACUAGCUCUCUGGCCCAAUAUAUAAUUUUAAAUGCCAAAUGCCAGUACAUAUGGUUGUACUUAAAAGCAGUGUGUUAGAUUUUACUUCUUUCAUGUCCUUGACAAGAGUUGGUGUAUGGGUGGUGUUGUAUUUUUUUUCAUUUUUUUGUACCCACAAAGGGUCCAAGGAGCUACCUCAAAGAACCGGAAAGUGUGCCUUGCCUGCCUGAGGCCUUGAGUCUCUGGUACCUCUGGGGUGGCCUCAGUGGCCCUCAGCAGCACCUCUUUGGACCAGCACUGAACUAUAGGGCACAGUUGGAGUGUCCUCUGGAGUGACUCCCCAAGCAUUCUUUGAGAGGCUCUCAUAUAUAUAUAUAUUUUUACUUUUAUUAACUACUUAUACCACAAUAUGGUUCUGUGUCUCUUGGUUUUUCCAGAUAGUUCAGUGCUUAGGCCUGGCAAAAUGGGAGCCUCCAGGGCCACACCCAGUCCAGGAUGGGGAGUAAGCAUAGGGUGUUUAGAACUCUGGUUCUAAUUCAUGCAAGGCAAGAUAAUACCUGCAGGUCUGAUGCUUACUUGCGUGCAGCCAACCCAGGUUUGAUUCUGGGCACAACACUAGGUACCCAGAAUGCCACCAGACUUGAUCCCUGUAUAUAGAGCCAGGGGAUCAGCCCUGAGGAGUGCUGUGUGGCCCAAAUCCACUCCUCUCCAGUUACAAUGGGCUGCACUGAUGAACUGUUUAGAGCCUAGUCUUUAAAUGUGUGAGGGCAGGAUAGAUAGUACAGGGGUUAAGGAGCUUGCUUAGGUGAAGCAGACCCAGGUUAGAAUCCCUGGGCAUAGCCAGGAGUGACCCCUGAGCACAACCAGGUUGUGGCCCUGAAAAAUAAUAACCCAGUCAGAAUGUAGCUAAUCCAAAGGUCCUUAUAUGGUGAAGGAAAGGGCACAGUGAAUUGAGACACGACACCAACCACCAGGGAUGUGGAAGGGUCUCAUCAGAUGCUGAA